AUGGGGAAUUGGUGCUCGUGCUUGGGGGGGAGCGUAGAGGACGAGGAAGAGCGGCGGCGGCGGAGGAAGCGGAAGCGGGAGAAGCGGCGGCGACCGAACCCCUUCUCCGAGGACCCUGUGGGCUCGCCCUCGCCGAUCCAGGUCCUCAAGGACGUGGUUCCCCUCGGACACCACCGGAGCCGGAUCGGCGACAAGUACGUCCUCGGCCGCGAGCUCGGCCGCGGCGAGUUCGGGGUCACCUACUUGUGUACGGACAAGGAGACGAGGGAGCACCUGGCGUGCAAGUCGAUCUCGAAGCGGAAGCUCCGGACGGCGGUGGACGUGGAGGACGUCCGGCGGGAGGUGGCGAUCAUGUCGACGCUUCCGGACCACUCAAACGUCGUCCGGCUCCGCGCCGCCUACGAGGACGCCGAGGCGGUGCACCUCGUGAUGGAGCUCUGCGAGGGCGGGGAGCUCUUCGAUCGGAUCGUGGCGAGGGGGCACUACAGCGAGCGCGCGGCGGCUGCGGUCGCCCGGACGGUGGCGGAGGUCGUGAAGAUGUGCCAUGAGAAUGGGGUCAUGCACCGGGACCUCAAGCCGGAGAAUUUCCUCUACGCUAAUAAGAAGGAGAACUCGCCGCUUAAGGCCAUCGAUUUCGGCCUCUCCAUCUUCUUCCGGCCAGGGGAGAGGUUUUCUGAGAUCGUGGGGAGCCCCUACUACAUGGCGCCGGAGGUGUUGAAGAGGAACUAUGGGCCGGAGGUGGAUAUUUGGAGCGCCGGGGUGAUCUUGUAUAUCUUGCUGUGUGGAGUUCCGCCAUUCUGGGCUGAGACUGAGCAGGGGGUUGCCCAGGCGAUUCUCCGAGGGGUGAUAGAUUUCCAAAGGGAGCCAUGGCCUCAAGUUUCAGAUAGUGCAAGGAGUCUUGUUAGGCAGAUGCUAGAGCCGGAUCCAAGGCGGCGGUUAACCGCUCAGCAAGUGCUUGAACAUCCAUGGCUGCAAAAUGCAAAGAAAGCUCCAAAUGUUCCAUUGGGAGAUAUUGUAAGAGCAAGGCUUAAACAGUUUUCGGUAAUGAACAGAUUCAAGAAGAAAGUCAUGCGGGUGAUUGCCGAGCACUUGUCAAUUGAAGAAGUAGAGGUCAUACGAGAGAUGUUUAAGCUAAUGGACACAGAUAACAAUGGAAAGGUAACAUUUGAAGAAUUAAAAGCUGGCCUUCAAAAGGUUGGUUCUCAACUGGCUGAACCAGAGAUGAAGAUGUUGAUGGAUGCGGCUGAUGUUGAUGGAAAUGGUGUGUUGGACUAUGGAGAGUUUGUGGCUGUUAUUAUUCACUUGCAAAGGUUAUCGAACGAUGGGCAUCUUCGAAGAGCAUUUGUUUUCUUUGAUAAAGAUGGCAGUGGAUAUAUUGAACUUGAUGAGUUGAGGGAAGCCUUAACAGAUGACUCUGGUCAAACAGAUACUGAAGUAGUUUAUGACAUUUUACGGGAGGUCGAUACAGAUAAGGAUGGUCGUAUAAGUUACGAGGAGUUUGUUGCUAUGAUGAAAGCUGGCACUGACUGGAGAAAAGCAUCUCGUCAAUAUUCGAGGGAGAGGUUUAAAAGCCUGAGCAUCAAUCUCAUGAAGGAUGGCUCUCUGGCUAUGGCCAAUUAAUCCUGCGGUUGAUCUGCCCAACCAUGUCAUAAUUUGCCGGAGGAGGAAAUAUUACUUUUUGGUUGGCGUACAAUUAAAAUGGUCCUGGAGAAUGAUAGCUGAACUAGGUUUUGUUAGGUGUUUUUCAUGGCCAAGGCAGUGCAAUUUCGGGUUUCUUUUGGGCCUAGGACUUGGGAUUACCUUUGAAGAGCUGCAGUUCAGAUUCUCUCUGUAUCACUUGCUGUUGUAGAGUUGUUUCUUUCUUCUAUCUGACCAUGCGAGUUGUUUUUCCUUCUUUUUUUUUUUUUUUUUGUUGAUGUUGCGCACGUAUGUUGUCCCUUUUAGAUGACAAGUACUGAUAGGACAUUUGGGGGUUUGUGAGCUGAGCUUUGAAAACCGUCAAUUGCUUGUAAUUAUGGUGGGUAGAGAAGCACAGAAAGAAAAUCGAGUGAUGCUGCUCUAGAAGUUGAGUUGUUAGGACAUUUGCCUCUGUUUCAGUCAUCGCCACAUAGACCUUGACAUUUCUUGUUCUCAUGAUCAUGCGCACUUUCGCUCAGAGUUCGUACUUCCUUUUUAAUUAAACAUUUGGUGGUGUCUGGUUUUCAAACCUGGUACAGCAAACAAUUUAAGAUGUAACUGUAUUGCUGCUGUAGCUUGGAGCUUGGAUGGGAGUAUCAUUUGCCCCCAUGCUUCAUUU